GCAGAUGGCUGUUCAAGUUGCUGGCAUACGUGCACCCCACUUUUGGAUCUCCACCGACAGACUGUCCUUUUGACAGAUAGCUGUACAAUAUACGCACCCAGAUCGCAUGCAGAUAAGUCGGCACAGUUCGUACUGGACACGCUAUCGGCGUGUACCUGCUCGCACGUACGUUACUGAAGCUGCGGUGGCUGAGAUCAUGUUGGAAAAAGGCGCAUCGUCACUCGUUCGCCAGCCACAGGCGCUAUCAGCAUACUGGGCUAUUCGACGGGAAGAUGUCAACAUUUCUGAAGCGCUGAAAGUUGGCGGCAAUGAUCAUAUAUUGGAUAAUCGGAGUGGCCGAGAGAGAAGGGCGUCAUUGUAGAGCUUCGAUGUUCCGUCAGUGUCGAACGUACUGCUGUUGACCGCGAAUGUUGUC